CGCUAUUUCUUCGACAUGUGUGUCGACUGCUGUGCUGAGGCCGUUGCAGUCCAGUCACGUGACUGGCGCGUCAGAGUAGUUGGAGCCGCUGUUAUGAAAAAGGCGGUCCUCGAGUUUGCAAAUUAUUUCUAUAAAAGGAUAUUGCCGAAGACUACUAAAAAAGUUCAAGCAAAUCGGGGGGUUAAUAAACAAGACUGUACAAACAGUACAAUACAUUGCAUUUGUAUCUGUAAUCCUUCAAACCCUCAUAUUGCAAAAAUGCUUGCUGCUAGAAGAGACUCGUUGACUCUAACGUCACAUUAUGCCAAUGUGGUGCGAGUGUUUCACAGUGCUCAAGAAGAAAAAGUGCAGAUUGUUAUGCAACUUUUCGGAGUUAACAGAACUGUAAAUCGACCUACUAAUGAACCAUUGGCUAAAUCACUUGAAAGAAUUAAAACCAAUGUCAAAGCAGCAAAUGGGAAAGCUGCAAAACGAGUUAAGAAGAAAGUGAAAAAGGAUAAGGGGGAAAAAUCCACAGAGCCCCCAGAACCAGCUCCCACUGCGGUUUUAUAUGAUUGGGCUGGUCAAAAGAUUGAUGAACAGACAUCGAUCAUUGAUGCAUGGGAGAUCGGUCGAACAUUAAAAGUCUGUGAUUUGUCAUAUCUUGUUGUCUGUAAUCCACCUCAAGUUGAGUUUGUAAAUCUAGCUAACACACCUUUGGUUGGACUACCAAUCCAUCCGCAGUUACAACUGAAAAUGGCUACAAUAGAGAAUUCAAAGUUUGAGUGGUUCAGACGGUAUCGCUUUCCUCCAAAAAGUAACGGAAUCGAAAGCAGUAAAAUGGAUACUUCUGCUACAGCAGCACCUCCAGCACAGGCACCUACACAACCAACAACUUUUGAUCCACUUACUGGUCAUCCAAUACCAAUUCAAAAUCACCCAGUGCCCCUUCCUUUGAAUGCAACUCAUCCGCUUUCCCACCCGCCACCACAUUCGACUGGAUAUGAUCCAAUAAUAGGAAAACAUGAUUUGGAUGGAACUGAACGAAAAACAGAAUUCAAUAAAGUGGAUAAUGAAGAAGAAUGGGAAUUUGUUGGCCACGAAAAAACAUAUACUGCCACGGAAGCAGAUAUUGGUUAUCAAAUUAGACUGAAGAUUUCACCGGGAAAUGAAAAGUAUCCUUACAACUCUGAUAGGUUCCGUGCAGAGCCGGUAUAUUCAUAUACCAGAGGUGUUGUUGCUGAAGGUCCUUCAAAAUGUAUUUUUGGUGAUCGAAUUUUGCACACUUCACAAAGAUGUACUGAUGGAAGUUUUCGAUUUGUCUGUUAUAACAUCCUUGCAGAUGUUUACGCAUCAACUGAAUAUGCACACGAUUUUCUGUUCCCAUAUUGUCCCAAUGAGGCAAUGGACAUUGGAUAUCGACAACAGCUAAUUGUAAAAGAGUUGAUAGGUUACAAUUCUGACAUAGUAUGUCUUCAAGAAGUUGACAGAGUAGUGUUUGAAUCUCAGUUGAUGCCAUCAAUGUCUUUAGAAGGGUAUGCUGGUGCAUUUGCUGCUAAAGAUGGAAUAAAGGAAGGUGUUGCCCUUUUCUAUAGGAGGGAAAAAUUCAGACUUUUAAUGGUGGACAACAUCAUUUUACGGAAAUCAUUCCAGGAUGAAAAAAAUACAGAUUUAUUCGUGAAACUAGAUGAAAAUAAUGAGUUCAAGAAAACCUUUCUCACUAAGCCAACAUGUCUAUUGGUGGGACUACUUCAAUCAACUGAAGAUCCAAGAAGAACAAUCUUGAUAGGAAAUACCCAUCUAUAUUGGCAUCCUCAUGGCUGUCAUGUCAGAUUACUCCAGGUUGAAUUGAUUCUUCGUGAAAUGCGAUAUCUUCAUCAAAAAUAUGCCGAAAAUAAUCCAACAUGCAUUAUCACUGGGGAUUUUAACAGCAACCCAUAUUCUGGUGCUGUCCAGUUGUUAACGAAGGGACAUGUCGAACCUAACCAUGCAGAUUGGUAUUCUAUGGGAAAAUCUGAAUUCAUCUCCGGAAUGAAUCUAACAAAUCAAAAGCUCUUCUUGAGUGCAUGUGGCUAUCCAGCGUAUACUAAUUAUGUAACAAGAUUCCAGAACUGCUUGGAUUACAUCUUCGUUGAACCUGAUAGACUUAAUGUAGACAAGGUCAUUCCACCACCGGCACACGAAGAUGUGAUUCGGCACACUGCGUUGCCGAACAUAGCAGCUCCGUCAGAUCACAUCGCACAAGUUGUUGACCUGUCGUGGAGAACUUAGUGAAAUCAUCACAAAAAAAACACAAACUGAGACAUAUUAGUUACAUACACUGCCGAGGAAGAAGCACUGUCUGUGUGGACAUGCAGAUAAGUGAAUACUUUUCAACAACAUCUAAGUGAAAUCAUGGUCAUAACCUGUAUUCAACUACACAUACAUUCCUUAUCCAAGGGCUGUUUAAGGGAGCACAACGUAAUAUCCACUGGUCCAUAUAUCCUUUUUUCAAAACUUGGUACAUGAAGACAUAUGAGAUUAUGAAGGUGCUUUCUUGCUAAAAGUCUGGCACCAAUCCCGAAAAACACCCCUAUCACAAAAAUUUUUUUAUUUUGGAUUCCUUGGAGUAUGCACAAUGGCUGAAUUAACGCAAGCAAUUGAAUGGCGUUCGUCACAUUUGACAGCAUGCGCUGCGCAAAAUUGAUGAAUUGGAUUUUUGUGGUAAUGUAAGCGAAUUUAACACCAAGUAGUGGGCCCUAUAUAUCUUAACAUGAAGCAUUGGAAAAUUCAGUUUUGCUACUGCUAAAUUGCUGUAAAUUGUGUGUGUAUCAUUCAAUGUUUGUAUUGGAUUAUGACUUUACAUCCGACAACAUUUCAUUUUCAUGCUCCAUUCUUUACUGGUCCAAAGUUGACUGAAGUUUAAUAAGACACACAGAACAGUGAAUGCUGGGCUUUAGAUUUCAUUAAUCCAUAAUCAAACUUCAAAAUUUUGUUUCCUAUUUUCUGUAUCAAGUUACUAUAUAUUUGAACAUGAAUACCUGUACAUUGAUGAAAUAUUCAAAACAUGAUUGGGGACCUCAUUCCCUGAGUUGAUGUAUUUUGCGCCAUUGAUUCUGCCACAUUUGUUUUUAUGCUAUGCCACAUUCUAAAAAAUAUUGAUAUAAUAGCCAAUGCUACUGAGUAUCCUGUGUUUAUGAUUUUAUCAUGUAUUUUCUAAUCAUGUUUAAAGUCAAUGAAUCUUUUUCUCAUGACUGUUCUGAACUCAUUAAUUUCAAUUUCUAGUUUUAUAGGGAUAAAGCAUACUUAACAGUGAGGCAUAUUUAACAUCGAUUUUAUGAGUUAGAAGUAUUUUUAUGGUGCAAUAUUCGUCUCUCUGGUUAUAGAAGACUGCAUUCAUUAUAUGUGCAGUUAUAGGUGGAGCUUGUUUAAAAUCAAUUUGAUUGAAUCCCUAUCAUAAGCAGAAAGGUUCGUGUAUCAGGUGUAUGCAUUAUUAUUAUGAACAUGUCUCCGAAUAAAAAAAUUUUGCAGUUUGAUAGGUUAAUAAAAUUCAAGGAAUCGCACAACCGACCACUUACUUUCCAAUUCAAAUUACUACUCAACCUUCAAUACAUAUACAUAUGGGCUACUAUUUUCCAAAACCUACUUGUCAACCUUGCACCGUUUGUGUUCAUAAGUAUGUUAGCUCUUCGUUUUUCUGUACAUAUACUUUUUUUUGGCAAAUUGCUGCUUCGUAUGACUUCUAUAACUACAUUCGAUACUACUGUUCGACAUGUGGUUACAAGUUAUAAGAAAAUUAUGACCCAUUCAAUUGUUUGUUUUACCAUGUUUGCCAUCAUGUUUUGCAAUAUUGAUACAAUUAUACCUGCCGUUAUAUUUUGUCAAAAUUGAAAUAAUUGUAUUUUCAAGCAUACAUGCUAGAUGGGUAUACUUGACUUCUUCAUGGCACUGCGCCUCAUAUAACAUAUCCGUGGCAAUGUAAAACAAUGUUUGUGUUGACAAAGUUUGGCCUAUUGUUAAAUUUCUAUAGUCUCUUUGACAUUCUGCAUUAGACAUUUUGUAAUAAAGUACUCAAUAAACAUG